AGGGAGAAAAAUGUCCGGCAACUGCCUUGUUGUCAUCCAGCUUUCCUACUGCAAGGAGGCUGAAGGAUGGGGCUUUUAAGAAACGUCACUGCAACUAGAUCCAAGGGUGCAGCCUGACUCACUGCAGCACAAUGCAGCUGCCUGUGCAUCGGGGACAGACACAGGGGAAAGCAGCCACCAGCGCCGCUGCUGCCAGCACACAGAGCUGGUCACUGGGAGCAUUUCUGAACUGAGGAUCUGUAGAAGCUUGGAAAUUCCUCCUACAACUGGGUCGGGGCCCAGUGAGGUGGGGCUCAGGUCGAGGCUGUAGACAGGAGGCGGUGCUCCCAGCCCACCUCUCACCCUACCGCGCCUUGGGAGAGCUGGGAACUAGGCUGUUCACAGGGUCAGGGAGGCCAGCCCAGGACCCUCCCUCCCUGGGGAAAACAAUCACGAGGGUGCUGGUCCUCCUUGGACCAUACCUGGCUAGAGCAAAGCCUGCGAGCAGCCUGCAGCAGGCGCUUCUGGUUAUGGCAGCUCAGAAAUGAAAGCAGCAGCCACGCCUCUGAGAGCUGCAGGGAGAGCUGUGCCCAGCAAAUGAGAAAAAUAAGAACUAAUCCUGGACUCAGAGGAAGAGGAGCGCGGAGCAUCUCUCUCCUGCUCCUUGGUGUCCUUUACAUGAGGACUCCCUGCCCUCUGGGGGGUAAAUCUGCAGAACCUUCCUCUGUGCUCUGACCCCCUGCUGACAUCACUAACCUGUGACAGAAACAUCCCCACCCGGUACCUGCUCCUCCUGCGGCUCCCAGCCCAGCCUGGAGCCUCUUUGUAUGCCGCGGACAUGGCCAGCCAGCAGGACUCUGGCUUCUUUGAGAUCAGCAUCAAAUAUUUACUGAAAUCCUGGAGUAAUACUUCUCCUGUCGGCAACGGUUAUAUCAAGCCUCCAGUUCCACCUGUGUCUGGUACACAAAGGGAAAAAGGGCCACCAACCAUGUUACCCAUCAAUGUGGACCCAGACAGCAAACCAGGGGAAUAUGUCCUCAAGAGUUUAUUUGUCAACUUCACCACCCAGGCUGAGCGCAAGAUUCGCAUCAUCAUGGCAGAACCACUGGAAAAGCCAUUGACGAAAUCCCUACAACGUGGAGAGGACCUGCAAUUUGAUCAAGUCAUCAGCUCAAUGAGCUCUCUUUCUGAGUACUGCCUGCCUUCCAUUCUGCGCACAUUGUUUGACUGGUAUAAAAGGCAAAAUGACAUUGAGGAUGAAUCACACGAAUACAGACCAAGAACAAGCAAUAAAUCAAAAAGUGAUGAACAGCAGCGAGAUUAUUUAAUGGAAAGACGGGACCUCGCCAUUGAUUUUAUUUUUUCUUUAGUAUUAAUAGAAGUUUUAAAACAGAUUCCACUUCAUCCUGUAUUAGACAGUUUAAUACAUGACGUUAUUAACUUGGCUUUCAAGCACUUUAAAUACAAAGAAGGGUACCUUGGUCCUAACACUGGUAAUAUGCACAUUGUGGCAGACCUGUAUGCAGAAGUCAUUGGAGUGCUGGCACAAGCUAAAUUCCAUUCUGUGAAGAAGAAAUUUAUGGCAGAGCUCAAAGAAUUACGACAUAAGGAGCAGAGCCCAUAUGUUGUUCAAAGCAUCAUCAGCCUGAUAAUGGGGAUGAAAUUCUUUCGGAUUAAGAUGUACCCAGUGGAGGACUUUGAGGCCUCGCUUCAGUUUAUGCAGGAAUGUGCACAUUAUUUCCUGGAGGUCAAAGACAAAGACAUCAAGCAUGCCCUGGCCGGGCUUUUUGUUGAAAUUCUUGUCCCAGUUGCUGCUGCUGUUAAAAAUGAAGUCAAUGUCCCCUGCCUUAGAAACUUUGUUGAAAGUCUGUAUGAUACCACGCUGGAACUUUCUUCUCGAAAGAAGCAUUCCUUGGCCUUGUACCCCCUCGUCACCUGUCUGCUCUGUGUCAGUCAGAAGCAGCUGUUCCUGAACAGGUGGCACAUUUUCCUCAACAACUGCUUAUCCAACCUUAAGAAUAAAGACCCCAAGAUGGCUCGAGUUGCACUGGAAUCUCUGUACAGAUUACUUUGGGUUUACAUGAUUCGAAUUAAAUGUGAAAGCAACACAGCUACUCAGAGCCGUCUUAUAACCAUCAUCACAACACUUUUCCCCAAAGGGUCUCGUGGUGUGGUGCCAAGGGAUAUGCCUCUGAACAUCUUUGUGAAAAUUAUUCAAUUCAUUGCCCAGGAACGUUUAGAUUUUGCAAUGAAAGAAAUCAUUUUUGAUUUUCUUUGUGUGGGAAAGCCAGCAAAAGCUUUCAGUCUCAACCCGGAGAGAAUGAACAUCGGUUUAAGGGCCUUCUUGGUCAUAGCUGAUAGCUUACAGCAGAAAGACGGCGAACCACCCAUGCCCGUUACAGGCGCUGUCCUCCCAUCAGGAAACACGUUGAGAGUGAAGAAAACAUAUUUGAGUAAAACACUCACUGAAGAGGAGGCCAAAAUGAUAGGCAUGUCAUUAUAUUAUUCUCAAGUACGAAAAGCUGUGGACAGCAUUUUAAGGCACCUUGAUAAAGAAGUAGGAAGGUGUAUGAUGCUAACUAACGUCCAGAUGUUAAACAAAGAACCUGAGGACAUGAUCACGGGUGAGAGAAAGCCCAAAAUAGACCUUUUCAGGACAUGUGUUGCUGCUAUUCCCCGGCUGCUUCCUGAUGGGAUGUCAAAACUUGAACUCAUCGACUUGCUGGCUAGGCUCUCCAUUCACAUGGAUGAUGAACUGCGCCAUAUUGCACAAAAUUCUCUUCAGGGUUUGCUGGUUGACUUCCCAGACUGGAGGGAAGAUGUCCUAUUUGGCUUCACCACCUUCCUGCUCCGUGAAGUAAAUGACAUGCAUUACAGCCUCCUGGACUCCUCCCUGAAGUUACUGCUCCAGCUGCUCACCCAGUGGAAACUGGUCAUACAAACUCAAGGAAAAGUCUACGAGCAAGCCAACAAAAUCAGAAAUUCAGAGUUUAUUGCAAAUGGCUCCAGCCACCGAAUGCAGUCGGAACGAAGUCCCCAUUGCAGUGUCCUCCAUGCUGUGGAAGGCUUUGCUCUGGUUUUACUCUGCAGUUUUCAGGUGGCCACACGCAAACUGUCCGUUUUAAUACUCAAGGAAAUCCGAGCUUUAUUUCUUGUCCUGGGUCAGCCUGAGGAUGACGACAGGCCUAUGAUUGAUGUCAUGGAUCAGCUAAGUUCUUCCAUUCUUGAAAGUUUUAUUCAUGUAGCAGUUUCGGACUCAGCCACCUUACCACUGACCCACAGUGUGGAUCUUCAGUGGUUGGUAGAGUGGAAUGCGGUCCUGGUCAACAGCCAUUAUGAUGUGAAGAGCCCAUCCCACGUCUGGAUAUUCGCUCAGUCUGUCAAAGACCCCUGGGUCCUCUGUCUGUUCAGUUUCCUGCGGCAGGAGAACUUGCCCAAGCAUUGUCCCACGGCCCUCAGCUAUGCCUGGCCCUAUGCCUUCACUCGGCUCCAGUCAGUCAUGCCUCUGGUGGACCCCAAUAGCCCAAUUAAUGCCAAGAAAACCAGCACUGCUGGCAGCGGAGACAACUAUGUGACCUUGUGGAGAAACUACCUCAUUCUUUGCUUUGGAGUUGCAAAACCCAGUAUCAUGAGCCCGGGACACUUAAGAGCUUCGACUCCAGAAAUAAUGGCGACCACGCCUGAUGGUACAGUGAGCUACGAUAACAAGGCCAUGGGCACCCCAUCGGUGGGAGUUUUGUUAAAGCAGUUGGUGCCUUUGAUGAGACUAGAGGGCAUUGAAAUCACAGAGUCCUUAGUUUUAGGAUUUGGAAGAACAAAUUCUCUUGUUUUCAGAGAAUUGGUAGAAGAACUUCAUCCAUUAAUGAAAGAAGCUCUGGAACGAAGACCCGAGAACAAAAAACGCCGAGAACGGCGGGACUUGUUAAGACUACAGUUACUUCGAAUUUUUGAACUUCUGGCUGAUGCUGGUGUAAUAAGUGACAGCACAAAUGGAGCCUUAGAACGGGAUACUUUAGCCCUUGGAGCUUUGUUCCUAGAGUAUGUGGACCUGACCCGCAUGCUGCUAGAAGCUGAAAAUGAUAAAGAAGUUGAAAUUCUUAAAGAUAUCCGGGCACAUUUUAGUGCCAUGGUCGCCAACUUGAUUCAAUGUGUUCCAGUUCACCACAGGAGAUUUCUCUUCCCCCAGCAAAGCCUGAGGCACCAUCUUUUCAUCUUGUUCAGCCAGUGGGCAGGGCCCUUCAGCAUUAUGUUCACACCCCUGGAUCGAUACAGUGACAGGAACCAUCAGAUCACAAGAUACCAGUAUUGUGCCUUAAAGGCAAUGUCAGCAGUGUUAUGCUGCGGCCCCGUGUUUGACAACGUGGGCCUUUCCCCAGAUGGCUACCUAUAUAAGUGGCUUGACAACAUUCUGGCUUGUCAAGAUUUACGAGUUCAUCAACUUGGCUGUGAAGUUGUCGUCUUACUCUUGGAACUUAAUCCUGACCAAAUAAAUCUUUUUAAUUGGGCAAUUGACCGAUGCUACACAGGUUCCUACCAACUUGCAUCUGGCUGCUUCAAAGCCAUAGCAACUGUAUGUGGAAGCAGGAACUAUCCCUUCGACAUAGUGACAUUGCUAAACCUUGUUCUAUUUAAGGCCUCUGACACCAACAGAGAAACCUAUGAAAUCUCCAUGCAGCUCAUGCAGAUCCUUGAAGCAAAGCUUUUUGUUUACUCAAAGAAAGUAGCUGAACAAAGGCCUGGCAGUAUUCUCUAUGGAACCCACGGCCCAUUGCCACCCCUCUACAGCAUGUCACUAGCCCUCUUGUCAUGUGAACUGGCCAGGAUGUAUCCCGAGCUCACUCUCCCGCUCUUCUCAGAGGUAAGCCAGAGGUUCCCCACAACGCACCCAAAUGGGCGUCAGAUUAUGCUCACCUACCUGCUGCCCUGGCUGCACAACAUCGAGCUGGUGGACAGCAAACUCCUCCUCCCGGGGUCGAGCCCCAGUAGUCCAGAGGAUGACAGCAAGAACCAGGAAGGAGAAGUGACCACUUCUCAUGGGCUGAAAGGGAAUGGCUGGGGCUCCCCAGAAGCUACGUCUCUAGUCCUGAAUAACCUCAUGUACAUGACGGCGAAGUAUGGGGAUGAAGUUCCUGGACCGGAAAUGGAAAAUGUUUGGAAUGCUCUAGCCAACAAUGAGAAGUGGAGUAACAACUUGAGGGUCACUCUGCAGUUUCUGAUCAGCCUGUGUGGGGUUAGCAGUGACACACUUCUCUUGCCCUAUAUUAAAAAGGUGGUGAUAUACUUGUGCCGUAAUAACACCAUUCAAACCAUGGAAGAGCUGCUCUUUGAGCUGCAGCAGACGGAGCCCGUGAACCCCAUCGUCCAGCACUGUGACAACCCACCGUUCUACCACUUUGCUGCCAGCAGCAAGGUCUCCACAGCAGCCUCUGGAACCACCUCCAGCAGCAACACAGUGGUUGCCGGCCAGGACAGUUUCCCAGACGCUGAGGAGGGCAAGAUCAUGAAAGAGUCUGAUGAGAGGUUUAAUAACGUCAUCAGAGCCCAUACUCGCCUGGAGUCAAGGUACAGCAAUAGCUCUGGAGGGUCGUAUGAUGAGGAUAAAAGGUCUGUAUCUGUGCCAUCCAAACCCAACAGCCAAGUCUCUGGAGCACAGGCCGUGAGUUCCAGGAGGGACUAGAUUUCACAGAUGGGAGAAUAGUACCAAGAAAUGGAGAGCUGUCGGUUUAAGAAAAGUCUGGUUGCUAUAUAUUUUGUAACCCAAAAUUUGAGGACAGAAAAAAUGAAUCAUGAAAAUGUUAAGCAGUCAAAUACUUCCCCAGUAUGUGGCAGG